AUGCUGUACCUGGGAGCGUCCGCGUACGCUUCUGCAGUCGUCCCGCGAACCCCUCCCAGCGCAGGUGAGAAGUUUGGGCUGUAUGCGUAUGGGGAAUCAUUUGGUGGUCUCUCUCUGUUCUACGGAGACGGCAAGGCUCUGAUUGGCGACCCAGCCAAUUCAACUGCUUCGACUACUUCAAGUGUAUACUUUGAACGUACAUCUGAGUCCUCGGAUAGUCCUUGGGUCGCCAACCCGAACGGAACCGCCAAUACGAACGGAACCGCCCAUUCGAUCGCCAGCUGGUCCGAUCAGAUGCUUUACAUCCCUAGUUCGUCAUCUUCGAGCGAUGAAAUGGGCUUCACGUCUAAGAAUAGGUCAAAUGAGACUACUACAGGUUUCAUCUUCUAUGGAACAUGGAUGAUGGUGGAAUUGGAUUCUGGCGACAUCUCGUCCAGCUUCUAUGUCAGAGAGAGCUCGCAGGGCGAUGGGAUCUAUUCCUUGCUAUGGAAUGUCUCCGACGAUACAACCGCUAUCCCAGUGUCCUUGCGCUCUGUGGCGCCCUCUAAUACUUGA